AUGAUGUCGGAUCUCAAAGACGCUAAAAGCGAGAGUGCGGUCGCUGUAAGCUUAUCUGGAGCUGACGAUACUCCAGUCCCAUCGGGAAGCGAGAUUUACAUUGAUCCCGAAAUGGAGAAACGGGUCAUGGCCAAAUUUGACCGCUAUAUGUUGCCGCAAAUCACAAUCUUGCCCUUCAUAUUGUUUCUUGACCGAUCAAAUAUAGGCAACGCCAAAGUAUUUGGCUUUGAGCAGAGCCUCGGAUUGGUAGGGAAUCAAUACGGGAACAUCAAUACCAUCUUCUACGCCAGCUACGUUGUAUUUGAGAUACCUUGGGUCGUAGGGAUGAAACGCUGGGGUGCGAACAUAGUGAUUCCAAUCUCAUUCGUCUGCUGGAGCCUUGUUACUCUCGGAACAGGCUUUGUCCAGAACUAUGGGCAGACCAUUGCACUGCGGGUUCUUCUUGGAGUAUUUGAGUCUGGUCUAUUUCCUGGAUUGACUUUUCUCAUAUCUACCAUCUAUUCAAGAGAAGCCCAAGGAAUGAGAGUUGCUUUCAUAUAUCUUGCGGGAGCCCUCUCGGGGGCAUUUGGGGGUCUUAUUGCCUAUGGGAUUCAGUUAAUGGGCGAUAGGCUAGGAUUAGAAGCCUGGCGCUGGCUUUUUAUCAUUGAAGGCUGCGUAUCGGUCGUGAUCUGCGGUAUUGCAUGGUUCACACUCCCUAAAAACGCCGAGAAUGCCUGGUUUCUCACCACAGAGGAAAAAGAGUUGAUGCAGAGAAGAAAGCAAAGAGAUAUCAUCUUCAAGGGUGACGAUGAAUUUUCUUGGAAGUAUAUACCAAUGGCUUUCAAAGACGUGCACAUAUACAUAGCUGCUAUGUGCGCCUUCUGCAGCUCCAUCCCAUUGUUUGGUUUCGCAACCUUUCUGCCCACCAUUCUCGUCGGCAUGGGUUACACUUCAAUGCAAGCGAAUUACCUCACUAUUCCGGUAUAUUUCUGGGGCAGCAUCUUGUUAUUUGCAGCUGCAUGGGUAUCAGAUCACUUUAAAAAUCGUGCAUUAGUAGCUUUCGUUGCUCCACUUGCUGUUAUACUUGGUUACGCCAUCGCUUUAGGAACAUCAAAUGCAGGCGCCGGCUACUUUGCGAUGUUUUUGUGUGCCGGGGGGAUAUACGUCUACAACACUAUACUUUAUACUUGGAUUGCGAAUAACCUCAAACCAGAUUAUAAGAGAAGCGUUGGAAUCCCGCUCUUUGCAUCCUUGUCAAAUGUCUCUGGUACGAUUUCUUCUCAAAUAUACCCAUCAACUGAUGCACCACGAUAUAUACUGGGUAACGCGAUCAGUCUGACAAUGGAAGUUGUUGCGAUGACAGGCAUCGGUAUCAUCUUCCUAUUGCUUAGAUCAAGGAACAAUAAGAAACAGAAACUCAUCGAUGAAGGAGUAACUGACAAUGGAAAAGAUGGUGAUAAGGCACUGGACUUCAAAUACAUUCUUUAG